UCUCUUUCUAGAAGGCCAAAGAACCUCCUCCUCAGUCUAAUCAUCUCCUCCCCUCCUGUAAGAAACCAAGCGACCUUUAAACCCCCUCCCUUUUACAUAACCACCACACCAUUUCUCCUCUCCAGACCAUGAAACGCCCCAUAGACGAUAUAACCCCAUCCCUCCCCUCUUCUCCAAAACCCUCCCUUAAAAAGCCUGUCUUCCUCACCAAAGCCCAGCGCGAGCAGCUCGCCCUCCAACGCCGGCAGGAAGAAGUCGCCGUUCAAAAGCGCCAAACCCUAGAAAUCCAUUCCCAAUCCCUCCCAGAACCCCGCUCCCGCGACGACGAUUCCCGGCCCCGUGAUCGUGACCGUGACCGCGACGACGAUUCCCGGAUCCGCGAUCGUGACCGCGACCGCGACGACGAUUCCCGGCCUCGCGACCGCGACCGCGACCGCGACCGCGACGACGAUUCCCGGCUCCGCGAUCGUGAUCGUGACCGCGAUGACGAUUCCCGGUCCCGUGAUCGAGAUCGAGACCGCCACCACCGUUCAAAUUCCGACCGCAGGCCUGCCCCCGGGGCCCGCGAUGAGGACUCCAAGUCCCGUGACCGCGUACGAACAGAGAAGCAGGUCGAGCGCGAGCGGGAGAAGGAGCUCGAAUCCAUCAAGGAGCAGUACCUUGGCAGCAAGAAGCCCAAGAAGCGUGUGAUCAAGCCAAGCGAGAAGUUUCGGUUCUCGUUUGACUGGGAAAACACUGAGGACACUUCCCGUGACAUGAACGUGCUCUACCAGAACCCACAUGAGGCUCGGCUCCUCUUUGGCCGGGGUUUCCGUGCUGGGAUGGACCGUCGGGAGCAGAAGAAGCUUGCUGCUAAGAAUGAGAAGGACCUCCGUGAGGAGAUUCGUAAGAAGGAGGGCGUGGAGGAACGGCCUGAGGAGGCUGCGGCCCAGCGGCAGAAGGAGGAGGCUGCGGACCUCUAUGACACUUUCGAUAUGCGUGUGGACCGCCACUGGUCUGAGAAGAAGCUUGAUGAGAUGACAGAGCGGGACUGGCGUAUUUUCCGUGAGGACUUCAAUAUAUCAUAUAAGGGGUCCCGCAUCCCCCGGCCCAUGCGGAACUGGCCUGAGAGCAGGCUCAGCAAUGAGCUGUUGAAGGCAGUUGAGAAGGCAGGGUAUAAGACCCCGUCCCCAAUCCAGAUGGCUGCAAUUCCUCUCGGGCUGCAGCAGCGGGAUGUGAUUGGGAUUGCUGAGACGGGGUCCGGUAAGACUGCUGCUUUUGUUCUUCCUAUGCUUACGUACAUCUCCAGGCUUCCUCCAAUGAAUGAAGAUAAUGAGGCUGAGGGCCCAUAUGCCGUUGUGAUGGCUCCCACGAGAGAGCUUGCACAGCAGAUUGAGGAUGAGACCGUGAAGUUUGCGCAUUAUUUGGGGAUUAAGGUGGUGUCAAUUGUGGGUGGGCAGUCAAUUGAAGAGCAGGGGUUUAAGCUUAGGCAGGGGUGUGAGGUUGUGAUUGCAACGCCAGGCCGGCUUUUGGAUUGCUUGGAGCGGAGGUACGCCGUAUUGAAUCAGUGUAAUUAUGUAGUUCUCGAUGAAGCUGAUCGGAUGAUUGAUAUGGGGUUUGAACCCCAGGUAGUUGGGGUGCUCGAUGCAAUGCCUUCAAGCAAUUUGAAGCCAGAGAAUGAGGAUGAAGAGCUUGACGAGAAGAGGAUUUACCGUACCACAUACAUGUUUAGUGCUACCAUGCCUCCCGCUGUUGAGCGCCUGGCGAGAAAGUAUUUGCGGAACCCAGUUGUUGUCACAAUUGGAACAGCUGGUAAGACAACAGACCUCAUCACGCAGCAUGUGAUCAUGCUGAAGGAAUCGGAGAAGAUGUCGCGGCUGCAAAAGCUUCUUAAUGAGCUUGGUGACAAGACUGCGAUUGUGUUCAUCAACACUAAGAAGUCCGCAGACUCUCUUGCCAAGUCAUUGGAUAAGGCGGGGUAUCGAGUGACGACGUUGCAUGGUGGGAAGACGCAGGAGCAGCGAGAGAUUAGUCUUGAAGGGUUUAGGAGCAAGAGGUUUACGGUUCUCGUGGCAACGGAUGUGGCAGGCCGUGGAAUUGACAUACCGGAUGUGGCUCAAGUUAUAAAUUACGAUAUGCCUGGGAAUAUUGAAAUGUACACCCAUCGUAUUGGCCGGACUGGGCGUGCUGGGAAGACAGGUGUGGCAACUACAUUCUUGACUAUGCAUGAUACGGACGUGUUCUAUGAUCUUAAGCAGAUGCUUAUUCAGAGCAAUAGUCCAGUGCCUCCGGAGCUGGCGAGGCAUGAGGCUUCAAAGUUCAAACCUGGGACAAUUCCAGACCGGCCGCCGAGACGCAAUGACACUGUUUUUGCUCAUUGAGGAUUUCCGAUUUUCAGAGCUGUUGUGCUUGUGAGAUGAUCUGGUCCAUUGAGCUGUUUAGGUUGUUGGGAUUAGAAGAUUCUUGUUCAUGUGCUACGAGGAAAAGCAUCUGGAAUGCAAAUUCCAAAGGUAUCGUGUUUCUCUUCAUUGUUAAAAGUGAUAGAGGGCGACAUUACUAGCUUUUAUUUAUUUAUUUAAAUUUUCUGUGUUUUGCUCCGCCUUAUGGACGAGUAUUGGCUUAGUAGAAGGUUUUUCAUGCUGAUAUAAUUGAAACAUUUGUGUAUGCAAUCUUAAGAUAUUCAUUUCAUUGUCAAGUUUGUUA